AUGAAAGAAAGAACUGCUGAAACAGAUCUAUUCACUAAUUUGCCCACAAUCGCUAGUACUAUUUGGGCCGUAAUUAAGGCUGACCGAAGUGAAGACGACAAUAAACUCGCCGUCCCAUGUGGUUUGUAUGUGGAUGAUGAUCAAACUGUCUAUGUCGCUGAUCUAUUCAAUUACCGUAUUAUCGAAUGGAAAUCAGGUGCGACGAAUGGUCAAGUGGUUGCCGGUGGAAAUGGACAAGGAAGUUGGCCUCAUCAAUUGUCUCAACCAUGUAAUGGGAUUGUCGACAAAGAGAAAGAUAGUCACAUCCUCUGCGAUUAUUCAAAUGCAAGAGUGGUUCGAUGGCCUGUUCGAAAUGGAACAAGUGGAGAAACGAUCAUCUCGGACGUCAAUUGUAUCGGUUUGACAAUGGACGAGAAUGGAUCUCUCUAUGUCGUUGACAAUGUAAAAGAUGAAUUGUCACAUCCUCGAGGAGUCGUUGCCGAUCAAUUGGGCACUGUCGAUGUGACUGAUGGAGGGAAUGCUCGAAUCAUGCGUUGGCCCAAAGGAGCCACACAAGGAAGUGUGAUUGCUGGUGGAAACGGUGAAGGAGAACAAUCGAACCAACCCAAUUGGUCCGCCGGUUGA